CUGCACUGACAGGUCUGGAGCAGAGCAAAGGCUGCGAGAUGGCCAACACCAGCAGUGUUCUAGGGGAUAAGUAUCGGUCUCAUAUCCACGGCGAGGAUGAGAAAGAUACAGAAUGGACAUUCGGCGCACCCCCCAACUACGAUGUCGUCAACAAGCUCUUCGAGGAAGGCCGGACGAAGGUAUGGGAAGCAGGGUCCUUGGAAGAGAGAGUGCAGCAUAUGGUGAAGACGUGGGAAAUGGAGAUGUUCAACAAGAAGAAGUUUGAAGACUACAAAACUUUGGAUCCGGACAACUACACCUUCAGCCUAAACGGGCGGAAGCCACUAACGCUGGAAGAAAAGCGAAGAUUAGGAGGUGGAUACAACUCGCUGUUGCAGACAUCACUGCCACAGAGCCUACGAGGCUACGACCCCGCGAAGGAGACGAUGGAGUCGGCCCAUGCUGCCUUCACGACUGCGUUUCCUCGGGGAUUCGCUUUGGAAGUGCUCCAGGUCUACAGCGGGCCGCCGUCGAUAGUGUUCAAGUUCAGGCACUGGGGGUUCAUGGAGGGACCUUUCCAAGGCCACGCUCCGACAGGGGAAAUGGUGGAGUUAUUGGGGAUGGCAGUGUACCAGGUGGAUGAGAAGAUGAAAAUUGUGAAGGUGGAGUUCUUCUACGAUCGAGGCGAGCUACUGGGUCUUCUGCUAAAUGGCGGCGGCGGCGCGAGCGCAGAGAACUCGUCGUUGACUUCUUCAAGUUGCCCGUUUUUGAAGAACGCUUAGGACUCUGCUGAGAUUGCUAUAAUUAUAAAUAAGUUUAUGAUUGUAAGAAUCAUGCUUGAUGUUUCCAGCCUACAACUUGAAUUUAACGUCAUGGAAUAAUCCGAAGAACCACCUCGUUUUCACCGUAA